AUGCUUUCCCCACUGGACUUGAGCCUUCAACGACGAUCAACCAUUGUUACCAGUAUUAACGAGAGUGAGUGUUUGAGUAGUCUCGCCCAAGAUACUAUUCCUGUUGCGAAUGUCUCUCAUCAUUCACCCGACAACGAUGAGCGAACUGGUGGAAUUUGCACGGCUUUGGCAUUAGCCGAAUUGGGCUUCUUUUACUGCGCCAAUUGCAAUUACCAUCUGGCAUGCCGAUUGGCUAAUCUAGCUCUGAGAAGAAUAUGCAUGAAAUCCUCUUCUCCCCGAGUUGUGAUUCAGGUCUUACGACUAGUCUGUCAGAUCUGCCUGAUCCAAAGGAAGUUUGUAUUGGGCAAGAAGAUCAUCCAGUUGGUUGCUCAGUUCACCAGCUCUGUUGCUAGCUCUGGAAGCAAAUAUUGCUGGUGUAUGCUGAAGACAAUCAGUGAUGUGGAACCGGAC